AUGGAUUCAUCUGACCAAAAGAAUCUAUCUCGACCUGGUACAUCGCUUGAUAUUCAACCUCGACGUUCCGAAGCCAGAGAUUCGCAAGAAGCGUUUAAAUUAGUUCAAUCGUACACAACGGAUGUAUUUGGACGCGUUAAUAGAGUCGAAAAUAUAGCUUUAAUCUUAGAGCACGCCGUGUUUGCCUUAUCGUUAGCUGACAGUUACGAUAAUUUAUUUGCAUUAGCUGCAUUUUAUGAUUAUCCAAAUAUCCACAAUGUGUCACAAAGUGAUUGGGAUCAAACGUGGUGGAACGAUACAUUCAAAAUUCCAGACGUUAAUGCGAUAAAUACAUUAUUUUUACAUUUAUUCGUUGCACAUCCAGAUUAUUCGGAAGGUUGUGCAAAAGAAGUAAUUAACGCUGCAUUUAAAACAUUACCAGAAGUCAAUCAAAUUCUAUUAUGUGUACCGAAUAACGUGCAACCUGAAAUAGCUUUGUCGAAAUAUUUUACUCCUAUUUCAACGAAACAUGAUAAAAGUGAUUCGUUAUCCACAGUAUUCGGUUGUUAUAGAAAAGAUCAUUUUCCAUCGUUAUUUAUAAGAACAGCACGUGUUCAAGACAAUGAUGAUCUUGCUCCACUAUUUAAUCAAUAUAAUGAUAUUCUAAAACAAACGUAUGGUGAUUAUUUUGUAGCAGAAUUAAUUGAAUCUCAAGAUGAUGAUAAUAAAGCAUUUGUGGCAGAAGCAGACGGUUAUGCUGUAGGUUUUAUGAGUGUUUCAAAAGAAGUAAAUAUUAAUGUAUUAAAUGAAGUUUAUCAAUUGGCAGCAUUUCAUGGUCUUAGAGAAGCACAUUCAGAUGAUGUUUGGAAUGAAGAGUCCGGAAAUAAUCCAACAAUCGAUGAUCAAUUUUCAAGUAUUGAUGCAACUGCUGUUUAUGAGGAUGCUAAAGGCAAUUCUUUCAUAGAACAGUCAUCGGAUACACUAGAAAAUCGAAGAGUUUCAGAUAUGCAUCAAACGACAACAGAUAACAAUCGAUUAAAUAAUUUUAAACGACAAACAACAGCCGAUGAAGGAAAAGAGAAUCGAAUAAGUUUGGACAGCGAUUUAGAAAUAGAUAACAAAGCAGAAAAUGAAAAUGAUCAUGCUAUCACUGAUCAAACAGUGAAUAAUACUGAUGUCCAACUGAUCGAUACAUCAGCCUAUCGUGCAAAAAUGACAAAAGCACAACUUGCAGCCGAAGAUCCAUCAAAAUUCAUUCGGCCAAGUAUAGCAUCAACAGCACCAAAAUUUUUUGGUCGACCAAAAGCAUUUGCUAUUCAAUUAUUUUGUAUUAAUGAAUUAUACGAAAAACGUUCAUAUGAUUUUCUUAAAAAAGCUUUUGAUAGUUUUCCUGAUCGAGAUUAUUGUAUUAUAUCAAUACCUCAUAUGGUACCAGAAUUUCCAUUAUUACAUUCAUUUAUUCGUAUACCACCACGUAUUAAUUUACCAAAUAUUCAAGAAUUAUACAUGUUUCAUCGUGCUGGUCUAUUAAGAAAUAUUGAAAUUAAAAAAGCAACAGAAGAUAAUUUAGAAACAAUAAAAAAAUUUGUUCAACAUUUAUCAUCUCGAGAAUAUAUAAUACAAGAUUUUCUUGAAGCAGUGAGAUCUAGAAAAAGACGGGAUAAUGGUUCAUUUGUUGAUGCUUAUAUUAUCUAUGUAGCAAAUCAAACAAGUGCAUUAGUUCUAUUCAGUAAUGAAGAAAAUGUUGAUUAUUUACGUUCACAAUAUAAUUUAGAAGAUUUUAUUUAUUUUAAUUUACAUAAACGUUAUAAUCAUUUACAUUUAUAUCAUUUUAUUAUAAAUCCAGUUUUUGCCUAUUUGACAAGAAUUUUUAUUAAAGAAUUAUUACGAAAAAUUCAUAAAACAUGUGUCUAUUAUCCAAUAUAUCCUCGUUAUGCAGAUGAUGAAUUAUUAAAAAAACAUUCUUCAACUCAUUCAAUGCAUUAUAUGGUACCUGUACGUCCAAGAAAACUUGUACAAUACAAUUUAGAAAAAUUACAAUUAAAUGCACCUACAGAAAGUGUACUCGGUCUCACUCCAGAACUAGUAGGAAAUCCAUUUGCUUUAAAUUUUACCGAUGUUAAAUUAAUCAUGGAACCAAAGAUUACUAUCAAUGCUCGUAUUGUAAUUGUUGGUGGAUCGACGACAGCUCUCGCCGUUCUAGAAACUCUCGCUAUGUGUCCAUAUCUUCGUUUUAAUAAUUUAACACUAAUAUCACCACAUGGACUACCUGGCGAAUUACCUCCGUCACAGUUGAGACAACUCUUUUUACCUUCAAAUUUAGAAUAUGAUAUUAAUGAAUUAGCUCGAAUAUCAUUACGUUCGUACGUUAAUAUUAUUUGUGCAAAAUUGAAAGCAAUUAAUCGUCCAAUGAAAUUAGCAAUUUUAAAUGAUGAAACAGUAGUACCUUAUGAUCAUUUACUUAUGUGUACUGGAAAUCAAUUUAGAGUUAUUGCUCCUAUGCAAGCGAAAGUAAUUAGUCCUUUAACUAAAAAAGUGGUAACACCGAAACCAGAUCGAGAAUUACCAGAUCCAAUACCGACCAAUGUUUUAACUAUUAAUGAUGAUUUUGACGCUGCUAUGACUAUUCGAUGGUUGAAAACAAAAAAAUCAAAUAAACAAUCAAUUAUUGUGUACGGUUCUACUUUGGAAUCAUAUUGUUGUAUUAAUGCUUUAAUUGCUAAUGGUAUUCAAUCUGACUCUAUUACAUUUAUUUUUCCUCCAGAUCGUGAUAAUGUAUCAUGUUUUAAUGAUCCAUAUGUGUUGGAUGCUGUUCAUGAACAAUUAAAUCAAUUGAAUGUUAAAAUUUAUGAAGAUUAUAUUAUGGAUGCAUGGUUUAGUGAAGAUGAUAAUGGAUCUUCUAAAAUUAUUGAACGAAUUGUAUUUCGUUCACAAACAGAAGGAAAUAAGUCAACAGAUCUUAAUUUAGAAUGCACAGCAUUAUUCUGUUAUUAUAAUAAACGUGUAGAUUAUGAUGCAUUUGUUGCUACAAAUCAAAGUUCAUUGGUAUUUGAUGGACGUCUUGUUAUUGAUGCCACUUAUCGUACUAAUGAUCCUCAUAUCUAUGCUGGUGGACCACUUACAAAAUAUAAACGAUCAUAUCAUUGUGAUGAUUGGUCUCACGCAUGUUUCAAUUCAAAAGAAGUUGGAGUCAAAUUGGCCAAUGAAUUAUUAGAACUCUAUGAUCCAACGUUUCCCACAUCAAAACGUCCAGACACAGCUAAUAGCACACAUUCAUUGAUACCAUCUUAUACACAUCCUAAACGAUGUUGUGCUGUUUUACCAGGUAAUUUGCAUUAUUUACAAAUAAGUAAACCGGGUAUCACGGCUGAUUAUAAUAUUGCAAAGACAAUCACAGAUACAUAUGGAAUCGAUCUUGCCACUAAUUUAAAUCAAAACUAUUUUCGUAUUCAUUUGGAUCAAAAUCAUAUUGUUCGAACAAUUGUUUGUUUAAGUCAUCAGGAUAUUGACGUAUAUAAUAUAUCUCAUUUAUACGGUUUACAUGAAAGACUAUUAAAUAAUCUCUUACAACGAUAUAACGAAGGACUCAUCCCAGAUUUUUUCUCAUAUUUUAAACAAAAUUGGACUGUCGCUAUUUAUCAUGAUCGUUUUGCUGAUGUACGUUUGGAAAUACGUGAUAUACUAAAACAAACAUUGGUUGAGAAUUCCGAGUCACUAUUUUCUUCACUUCACAAUUCAGUGGAUCAUGAUAUACUGUUUAAUGCUGAACAGAAAAAAGUAUUGUUGAAACGUUUUCAAACAGAAGGUUAUAAAGAGCAAGUCGAAGAAAAAAUACUCCAUUAUAUCAAUUACAAUCAUUAUCACUUGCCGAUGUAUGCGAAACCGGAUUCUUUUAAUUAA